UUUCUUUUUGAUAACAAUAAUCUCUCUCUCUCUUCUGAUCAUUCAUUUCAUCCUAAUUCUUCCUCUCAUCAACUUGCUAGAGAACAGAGACUCAAAUGGCGUACGCUGCUGUAACUUCACUUAAAGGAACACUCCAUCUACAUUUCUUGCAAUCACAACCACGCUUGCCUCUUCAACACAACCAAGAGAUACUUAAUUCUCUAUGUGAAAAUCUUGGUUUCUUGCAAGAAAUUCUUGAGAAAUCUGAGAUCGCCUAUGCCUAUGAUAAUUCGGCGGUGAAACGUUUAGAGGCAAAGAUGAGAGAUGUAGCGUUCGAAGCUGAAGAAAGGAUUGAGAUGGAAUUGAGUAGCAUAUAUCUUCAAUCAAGCAGUAUAGAGGCUUGCCUCCUCAGGCUUCAUGGAAUCCUCAAGCAAGCAGUAAAACAGACUGAUUACCUCAAGAAGAAGUUUAUUAAGAUUGCAAAGGGUUCAUCAAUCACUGAGGUUUCACUCCUUGCUGCUGUAACUUCGCUUAAAGAAACACUCCAUCUACAUUUCUUGCAAUCACAACCACGCCUGCCUCUUAUAUAUAAACGAAAGGUGGUCUCUCUCCAUAGAAAUCUUGGUUUCCUUCAAGAAAGUUUUGAGAAAUCUGAGAUCGCCUAUGAUGAUGCAGGGGAGAUGAAUGAUCUAGAGGCAGAGAUGAGAGAUGUGGCGUUAGAAGCUGAAAAAAGGAUUGAGAUGGAGUUGACUACCAUUUAUCUGGCAAAGGGUUGGAUCAAGCAUCUUGCUUGCCUACUCAGGCUUCAUGGAAUCUUCAAUGAAGCUGUAAAACAGACUGAUCACCUCAAGAGGAAGUUGAUAAAGAUUACAAGUGAAAAGCAGCUUGCAAAGGGUCCAUCACAAGGUGAAAGGAUCACUGACAACGUUUCAUUCCUUGGUCAGAUGGAACAAAGAGGACCAUUCUUUGGUUCAACAUCAUCACAGCCUGAUCUAGAACGCGAGAAUAAUAUUACAGUGAGUAAAUUUUCCAUAAACGCUUCAAUAAAGUUUGACAGUAGAAUGGUCGGAUGCAACGAGGAGUUCAAGAUGAUAAUGGAUCAGCUCACCCAACAAUCAGCAAAGCAACUACAAGUUGUAUCAAUUGUAGGCAUGGGCGGAAUAGGCAAGACCACUUUAGCUCGAAAAGUCUAUGAAGAUCCAUCAAUUACUUCUCAUUUUUACAUCCGUGCAUGGGUUACUGUAUCUCAAAAGUAUAACGUGGAACAAAUACUCCAAUGUGUUGUUGGUUGUGUUAAUGCAGCAUCAAAUGACAACUUAGCAGAAAGUUUGCGGAAACACUUGAUGGGUCAGAGAUAUUUGAUAGUGAUGGAUGAUAUAUGGAGCACUACUACUUGGGAUAGUGUGCAAAGAUGCUUUCCUGAUAAUAAUAAUGGAAGCCGUAUACUAUUGACCUCUCGACUAAGGGAGGUGGCUGAAUAUGUAAGUUCAGGUAACUUUACCAUUAACAUGCCUUUCUUAGAUGCCCAUGAAAGUUGGAAUCUCUUCUGCAAUGUGUUUGGUCAAACAAAAUUUCUUUGGGUGUUUGAGGAAAUUGGUAGAGACAUAAUGAAGAAAUGUGAAGGAUUACCUCUAGCUAUUGUUGUAGUAGCUAGUCUUCUCUCUAAGACAGAGGCGGCAGUAGAGAAGUGGAAUAAUGUUGCAAAAAAUGUGAGUAGAUAUGUAAUUGGUGAUUCUAAUGAUGCAUGUUCCAGAAUACUAUAUUUGAGUUACAACCAAUUACCACACCACUUAAAAGCUUGUUUUCUAUAUUUUGGAGUUUUCCCUGAAGACUAUGAGAUCCAUGUGAAGAAGUUGGUUAGGUUGUGGGCAGCUGAGGGAUUUUUGAGGGCAGAGGACCAUCAAAAUAUGGAGGAAGCAGCCAUGGAAUGCUUGCAAGAUCUUGUUGAUAGAAGUCUUGUUUUUGUUAGCAAACAGAGCUACAAUGGGAAAACGAAGACAGUAAGAACACAUGACUUGUUGCGUGAUUUGUGUUUGAGAGAAGCUCGACAUGAAAAUCUCUUGAAUAUCAUUGGAGAAGAAAAACUUCCACUUUACAAGAAGGAAAUCUCUUGUCGUUGGAUAAGUGCUACAUUAGGGUUUCAUCCACUUCCUUUGACAAAGUGCUUUCACAAAUCACAUUCCUUUCACUAUCCUUAUGCUUAUUACUCAAGUGUGGAACGUCUAUUUUCACACUUCAAACUACUAAGAGUAGUAGACAUAGAGCGUAUAUAUUCCCAUGGAUAUGGGGAACUAUAUGCGCUUGCAAAUCUCAUUCAUUUGAGAUACUUUGCUUUGAGGUAUUCAACAAAUACAAUUUCCGGCAAAUAUUUUCGUUUAGAGCUCUUUGAGCAUUGGAAUAUGCAAAGCUUUAUUGUUCAUGGAGUUGAUGCUACAUUCGAUUCCUUUGAGGCAUCUGGAAUUUGGAAAAUGCCACUAUUAAGGAAUUUUUGCAUUCAAGGGAUUGUUUCAUUGGGAACUUUGUCAGUUGUUCAUAGAAACUUAGAGAGUAUAUCAUGGUUGAAUUCUAAGCUCUGUACAAAGGAUUUGUUUACAAGGAUUCCGAAUUUAAAAAAAUUGGGAAUUUUUGAUGGAUACGAUGAAAACAAUCUAGAUUGUUUUUAUAAUUUUGUGCAUUUGGGGCAGCUUGAGGAGCUAAGCAUCAGAAAGUGGCAUAAUCUCAACCAUAUUCCAUGUAUCGGCAUCUCAUGGGCAACUAAUUUUUUACCAAAUCUUAAGAAGCUCAAAUUCUUCUUGACUAGUUUGGCAUGGAGUGAUAUGAAGAUUAUUGGUAUGUUGCCGAAUCUAGAGGUUUUAAAACUGAAACGUGCUAUUGCUCGCAAAGACACAAUUUGGGAACCAUCCGAGGAAGGGUUCCGUAAAUUGAAAAGAUUGGUAAUUGAAUAUACAUGUUUGGAACGUUGGAGUGCCAUGGGUGACCAUUUCCCUGUGCUUGAAUGUUUAGAGUUACAUAAAUGCGAUAAUUUGCUAGAAAUUCCUAGUGGUUUUGCGGAUAUCACCACACUAGCACUGAUUCAGUUAAACGGGUGUUGGGAUUCCGUUCUGACUUCAGCAAAGUUUAUUCAAGAAGAGCAAUACAACAACUAUGGAAAUGCCCUCCUUGUUCAUUCGAAAAAUAUUAGGAAGAAACGUGUAAACAACAAAUAGGAAGAAUGGGAUGUGGAGGAAGAGAGUGAUAUAUGUUUUGGUGGAUUAGGCAGGGCAGUGAACCAUUUUCCAGUAACAGGGUGGGUGGAGAGAGAGCAAAUGGAGCAAUUAAGCUAAUUAGCUAAAAGUUUUUACAUACAAGCUAAGAGAGAAGAAAUGGAGGUCUUCUAUAUUCUCUGUGAUUCUGUGUCGAUGGUGAUUUCCUUCGACUAUGUGUGUCGGCAAGGAAGAAUGAAGCGAUGGAGAACAGGGACAAUGAGCGAGGACACCGUGAUUUAUUGUCUCGGCUGAUGAGUGCCACCAAUGAAAACGACAAGUUUUUGAACGACACAUAAAUAUGUAACAACCUAGUUGGUCUUGUCGUUGCCAGCUCCAAUAAUACAAGCGCAACACUUUCCUUCACCAUCAAAUUUCUUGCUGAGAUUCCAUAUAUCUAUGACAAGGUGUAUUAGUGUAUAAAGGUAAUUAAUUCAUUAAGAGAUCGAAGAAUGUUCCGAGACUGAAUUAGGAUCUCGAUUCAUCGCUACUAUCCUUCUAGACUUCCCCUGUCGCGAUUCUGCCUGAGUCGAAGUAAAAACAAACGGAAAAGGGAUGGCCGUUGUUGUAGUAGAAACGACUAUCAUUAGAUGAAUUCCCAUUGCCGCUGAGGCAAUUGCAUCGAGGAAACCUGAGAUUGACGAGCGCCUGGGUUUAUUAGGGUUUUGUUUUAGAUAUUCUAUUUUCAUUAUUUAAUUGAAAAGUUAGGUCAAGUUUUGUACUUGUUCAUCAUGUUGCACAAAAUCGAUCUUUUGCUUUUGUUUUGUUUUUGCACACCACAUAUAACAGAUGUGCAUACAGUGUAAUGGGUAUCAAGUAUGUGCUUUCGUAUCA